CCGUGUCGGCCUCCUCGCUGAGUCGCUGCCACAUCCUUCCUCGUCCAAACUCCUGUGUGUGUGGCUUCUCCGCUGCGCUGCCGCCUCCUAGUCCACAUCUCUCCCUCCGGCGCCGCCGUCGCCCGCCGCGGGCCGUACGUAGCGCUGGGAGGGGAUCGCCGGGCAGCGGCGCGGGGCGGGGGAGGAGGAGCCGCGGUUUCGUCGCUCGGAUGGCGGCGGGGCGAUGACGCGGGCGGCGGGAGCGGUGCGGCGCUGGGAUGCGGACGAUCUGCGAUGUGUGCGAGAGCGCGCCGGCGGUGCUCUUCUGCGCGGCCGACGAGGCAGCGCUCUGCCGGCCCUGCGACGAGAAGCAAGGGAUGUCGAACCACUGCUGGGUCUGCCUGACGAUGCCUUGAAGAAGGUCAUGACACCAAUGGUGCCAUCAACGCCAGCCCAAAAAGGAUUGGGUUUUCACCCGCAGCAUCCAGCAGGUAGGCUGAAGAGAUGCAAGAGGACGCCUCCAACGAGGAAGCGGCAUCCACAGACGUCGCCGUCCAGGCUUUCGCCUCCACCGAGGCUGCUGUGUUUGGUACACAUGUGUAACAAGCUUGCUAGUCGGCAUGUGAGAGUUGGACUUGCAAACUCUAAUAAACUUGCCCGUUGUGAUAUAUGUGAAAGUUUUCCUGCUUUUUUCCACUGUGAGAUAGAUGGCACCUCACUUUGCCUGAGCUGUGACAUGACUGUUCAUGUUGGUGGCAAACGCACCCAUGGAAGAUACCUGCUCCUAAGGCAAAGUGUUGAAUUUCCAGGAGAUAAACUAGGCCAUAUGGAUGAUGUAGCUAUGCAAAGCAAGGAUCCUGAAACCCAGAUAGAUCAGAAGCCACCUCAUUCAGUAACGAAGGAGCAAAUGGCAAACCACCAUAACGGCUCUGAUGAUCCAGCAUCUGAUGGAAACUGCGAAGACCAGGGUAACAUUAAUUCGAAAAUGAUCGAUCUUAAUAUGCGACCUGUUCGUACUAAUGGGCAAGGAUCAAAUUCCCAGACUCAGGGGGUGGAUCAUAGCGUGAACAACCAUGACUCUCCAGGGGUGGUGCCAACAAGUAAUUACGAAGGGGACGCCAACAAGUAAACAUUGGAAGUUCGGAAUGUACAUUUCUUCGGCUAUAUAUACUGCUGAACUGCUCUACAGCAGCUCGGGGGGGAUCAGAAUACGGGGGGUGUAGCAUCGGUCCAUCUGUUACUAUUUGCUAGUAGUACAUUUCUGGCAGAGUUGGAGCUAACGACUGCAUCCCAAUUCGGCUUGUCGUGGCCUAGACGGUAUUUAUGGUCAAGUCUAUUCUCGUUGCGAUUGUCAGAACUCAUGUCACUUGUCACAUUGCCGCUAUAUAGAAGCGCAAGUGGCUGACACGGUGGCACCUGUGCUUUGGAGUUGGGAAUGCUGUAUGCCAUUAGAAAAACUGUACAAAAGAUCAAUAGACCAUUCCUUUUUCUGUGGUGGCAUAUGUUCAGUUCGGUUCA